GCGCCAAACUUCAAAGAAGAACCGUCGGCGGUAGAAGCUGUAGAGUCCGCUCCGCUCAAGAGGAAAUAUUAAAUUUGGAAGAUGCCUCCUGUUCCAAAAAGACCCUGUUCCGAGUCCACAGACGACUCCAUGAACGACUCGUUAAACUGUUCGAUGGACGAGUCCACGGAGAGGAGAAUAAAACGAGUUUCAAUCGAAGGGAACAUUGCGGCGGGUAAAUCUACUUUUGUGCGCCUUUUGGAGCAGGAGAGCCCGGACUGGGAGGUGGUACCAGAACCCAUCGCCAGGUGGUGCAAUGUCCAAACAACAGGAAGCGAUUUUGAGGAGCUGACCACGUCUCAGAGGAGUGGAGGGAACGUGCUGCAGAUGAUGUAUGAGAAGCCAGAGCGGUGGGCCUACACCUUCCAGAGCUACGCCUGCGUCAGCCGGAUCCGUGCCCAGACCAGAGCCGCCAGCAGGAAGCUCAGCGUGGCACAGAACCCCGUGCAGUUCUUUGAGCGAUCCGUUUACAGUGACAGGUACAUCUUUGCCUCCAACCUUUAUGAGAGCGAGUGCCUGAAUGAGACUGAAUGGUCCAUCUACCAGGACCUGCACAGCUGGCUCCACAACCAGUUCGUCCAGCACAUCCAGCUGGAUGGUAUCAUUUACCUCAGAGCGUCACCAGAGAAAUGUUUGGAGAGGUUACACCUGCGAGGCAGACAGGAGGAGCAGGAAAUCCCUUUGGAGUAUCUGGAGAAGCUGCACUUUAAGCACGAGAGCUGGCUGCAGCACAAGAAGACAGCCAUGGAGUUUGAGUAUCUUCGUGAUGUUCCUGUGCUGACCAUGGACGUGAACGAAGACUUUAACAAAAAUAACAUCAAGAGUUCUGACAUGAUUGAGAAGGUGAAGGACUUCUUGAGCUCGCUGUGAAGAAAAAAAAAAAAA